CUUGGGACAGAUGGGUAGGGAAAGGAAAUGGGGUAAACAACAAACAAACCAACAAAAACCGAAAAGCACAGAAACAAAGAGUCUGAACACACUUGUAGCCUGACAAGUGCCGUUGGAUGGGUAUCCAUCCCUCCAUAUCUCUCGACUGUGGUUUACAAUAGGGAAGGAAGACCAAAAGCUUAACAUGUCAGGAAAAUUAAACUGCCCACACAGGGCUAUUAGGUCCUCUUGUCUUCGCUUAGCUCCCCGGCACAGUCCACAGGAGGAAGAGGAGAGUGAGUAAACAAAGCCUGUUAAAGUGAAACCCACGGGCCAGGGUUGUCGUUCAUGUCCAUUUCUUCCCUUAGGUGCACCUGGCCCUGAGCUGCCACCCAUAGCCCGCAGCCAUGAGUUCCGACGCCGAGAUGGCCGUUUUCGGGGAGGCUGCUCCUUACCUCCGAAAGUCUGAAAAGGAGCGGAUUGAGGCUCAGAACAAGCCUUUUGAUGCCAAGUCGUCCGUGUUCGUGGUGGACCCAAAGGAGUCCUAUGUGAAAGCCACGGUGCAGAGCAGGGAAGGGGGGAAGGUGACGGCCAAGACCGAAGGUGGAGCUACUGUCACAGUCAAGGAAGAUCAGGUUUUCUCCAUGAACCCUCCCAAGUACGACAAGAUCGAGGACAUGGCCAUGAUGACCCACCUGCACGAACCCGCAGUGCUGUACAACCUCAAAGAGCGUUACGCAGCCUGGAUGAUCUACACUUACUCAGGUCUAUUCUGCGUCACCGUCAACCCCUACAAGUGGCUGCCGGUGUACAACCCUGAGGUGGUAGCGGCCUACCGAGGCAAAAAGCGACAGGAGGCCCCGCCCCACAUCUUCUCCAUCUCUGACAACGCCUACCAGUUCAUGCUGACGGAUCGUGAGAACCAGUCCAUCCUGAUUACCGGAGAAUCCGGGGCCGGGAAGACUGUGAACACGAAGCGUGUCAUCCAGUACUUUGCGACAAUUGCAGUCACUGGAGACAAGAAAAAGGAGGAGGCGCCUUCUGGCAAAAUGCAGGGGACCCUUGAAGAUCAAAUCAUCAGCGCCAACCCCCUGCUGGAGGCCUUUGGCAACGCCAAGACCGUGAGGAAUGACAACUCCUCUCGCUUUGGUAAAUUCAUCCGGAUCCAUUUCGGUGCCACAGGCAAACUGGCUUCUGCAGAUAUUGAAACCUAUCUGCUAGAGAAGUCUCGAGUCACCUUCCAGCUCAAGGCUGAAAGAAGUUACCACAUCUUCUAUCAAAUCAUGUCCAACAAGAAACCAGAACUUAUUGAGAUGCUUCUGAUCACCACCAACCCAUACGACUUCACUUACGUCAGUCAAGGUGAAAUCACGGUGCCCAGCAUCGAUGACCAGGAAGAGCUGAUGGCCACAGAUACUGCUGUGGACAUCCUGGGAUUCAGUGCAGAUGAAAAGGUGGCCAUUUACAAGCUCACAGGCGCUGUGAUGCAUUAUGGGAAUAUGAAAUUCAAGCAAAAGCAAAGGGAAGAGCAAGCUGAGCCAGAUGGCACCGAAGUUGCUGACAAGGCCGCUUAUCUGACAAGUCUGAACUCUGCUGACCUGCUCAAAGCCCUCUGCUACCCCAGGGUCAAAGUCGGCAAUGAGUACGUCACCAAAGGCCAGACGGUGCAGCAGGUGUACAACUCCGUGGGCGCCCUGGCCAAGGCCAUAUAUGAGAAGAUGUUCCUGUGGAUGGUCACCCGCAUCAACCAGCAGCUGGACACCAAGCAGCCCAGGCAGUACUUCAUCGGCGUCUUGGACAUCGCUGGCUUUGAGAUUUUUGAUUUCAACACCUUAGAGCAGCUGUGCAUCAACUUCACCAACGAGAAACUGCAACAGUUUUUCAACCACCACAUGUUCGUGCUGGAGCAGGAGGAGUACAAGAAGGAAGGCAUUGAUUGGGAGUUCAUUGACUUUGGGAUGGACCUGGCUGCCUGCAUUGAGCUCAUUGAGAAGCCAAUGGGCAUCUUCUCCAUCCUGGAAGAGGAGUGCAUGUUCCCCAAGGCAACAGACACCUCCUUCAAGAACAAGCUCUAUGAACAGCAUCUUGGAAAGUCCAACAACUUCCAGAAGCCCAAGCCCGCCAAAGGCAAGGCCGAGGCCCACUUCUCGCUGGUGCACUAUGCAGGCACCGUGGACUACAACAUUAUUGGCUGGCUGGACAAGAACAAGGACCCCCUGAAUGAGACCGUAGUGGGGCUGUACCAGAAGUCUGGCUUGAAGACUCUGGCUUUCCUAUUUUCUGGGGGACAGGCUGCUGAAGCAGAGGGUGGCGGUGGUGGAAAGAAAGGUGGCAAAAAGAAGGGUUCAUCUUUCCAGACGGUGUCAGCUCUCUUCAGGGAGAAUUUAAAUAAGCUGAUGACCAACUUGAAGAGCACCCACCCCCACUUUGUCCGCUGCCUCAUUCCCAAUGAGACUAAGACUCCUGGUGCAAUGGAGCACGAAUUGGUCCUGCAUCAGCUCAGGUGUAACGGGGUGCUGGAAGGCAUCCGCAUCUGCCGGAAGGGGUUCCCCAGCAGGAUCCUCUAUGCAGACUUCAAGCAGAGAUACAAAGUUCUGAAUGCAAGUGCUAUCCCAGAAGGUCAAUUCAUUGACAGCAAGAAGGCCUCUGAGAAGCUUCUGGGUUCUAUUGACAUCGACCACACCCAGUACAAAUUUGGUCACACUAAGGUUUUCUUUAAAGCUGGCCUGCUGGGAACUCUAGAGGAGAUGCGAGAUGACAAGUUGGCUCAGCUCAUCACCCGCACUCAAGCCAUGUGCAGAGGGUAUUUGAUGAGGGUGGAGUUCAAGAAGAUGAUGGAGAGGAGAGAGUCCAUCUUCUGCAUCCAGUACAACGUCCGCGCCUUCAUGAAUGUGAAACACUGGCCCUGGAUGAAGCUGUAUUUCAAGAUCAAGCCUCUCCUGAAGAGUGCGGAGACAGAGAAGGAGAUGGCCAACAUGAAGGAAGAUUUUGAGAAGGCCAAGGAGGAUCUGGCUAAGUCAGAGGCAAAAAGGAAAGAGCUAGAAGAAAAGAUGGUAGCUCUGAUGCAAGAAAAAAAUGACCUGCAGCUCCAGGUUCAAGCUGAAGCAGAUGGCUUGGCUGAUGCAGAGGAACGAUGUGACCAGCUGAUCAAAACCAAAAUCCAGCUGGAGGCCAAAAUCAAAGAGCUAACUGAGAGAGCUGAGGAUGAGGAGGAGAUCAACGCUGAGCUGACCGCCAAGAAGAGAAAGCUGGAGGAUGAGUGCUCAGAGCUGAAGAAAGACAUCGACGACCUUGAGCUAACACUGGCCAAGGUUGAGAAGGAGAAGCAUGCCACAGAGAACAAGGUGAAAAACCUCACAGAGGAGAUGGCAGGCCUGGACGAAAAUAUCGCCAAGCUGACCAAGGAGAAGAAGGCCCUCCAAGAGGCCCACCAGCAGACCCUGGAUGACCUGCAGGCAGAGGAGGACAAAGUCAACACCCUGACCAAAGCCAAAACCAAGCUUGAACAGCAAGUGGAUGAUCUUGAAGGAUCACUGGAACAGGAAAAGAAGCUUCGGAUGGACUUAGAAAGAGCCAAGAGGAAACUGGAGGGGGACCUCAAAUUGGCCCAAGAAUCCACAAUGGACAUAGAAAAUGACAAACAGCAACUUGAUGAGAAACUCAAAAAGAAAGAGUUUGAAAUGAGCAAUCUGCAAAGCAAGAUUGAAGAUGAGCAGGCCCUUGGCAUGCAGCUGCAGAAGAAAAUCAAGGAGUUGCAAGCCCGCAUUGAGGAGCUGGAGGAGGAAAUCGAGGCAGAGAGGGCCUCCAGAGCCAAAGCAGAGAAGCAGCGCUCUGACCUCUCCAGAGAACUGGAAGAGAUCAGUGAGAGGCUGGAAGAAGCCGGUGGGGCCACUUCAGCCCAGAUCGAGAUGAACAAGAAGAGAGAGGCUGAGUUCCAGAAGAUGCGCAGAGACCUGGAGGAGGCCACCCUGCAGCAUGAAGCCACAGCAGCUGCUCUUCGGAAGAAGCACGCGGACAGUGUGGCUGAGCUUGGGGAGCAGAUUGACAACCUGCAGCGUGUCAAGCAGAAGCUGGAGAAGGAGAAGAGCGAGCUGAAGAUGGAGAUCGAUGACCUCGCUAGUAACAUGGAGACUGUCUCCAAAGCCAAGGGGAACCUUGAGAAGAUGUGCCGCACCCUGGAGGAUCAGCUGAGUGAAGUGAAGACGAAGGAAGAGGAACAGCAGCGCCUAAUCAAUGAGCUGUCGACCCAGAAGGCCCGCUUGCACACAGAGUCAGGUGAGUUUUCCCGACAGCUAGAUGAGAAAGACGCUAUGGUGUCUCAGCUCUCCCGAGGCAAACAAGCAUUUACACAACAAAUUGAGGAACUAAAAAGACAGCUAGAAGAGGAGUCAAAGGCCAAGAACGCACUGGCUCACGCCCUGCAGUCAGCCCGCCAUGACUGUGACCUGCUGCGGGAACAAUAUGAGGAGGAGCAGGAAGCUAAAGCUGAGCUGCAGAGGGCCAUGUCCAAGGCCAACAGUGAGGUGGCCCAGUGGAGGACAAAAUAUGAGACGGACGCUAUCCAGCGCACGGAGGAGCUAGAGGAGGCCAAGAAGAAGCUGGCUCAGCGUCUGCAGGAUGCAGAGGAACACGUAGAAGCUGUGAAUUCCAAAUGUGCUUCUCUUGAAAAGACGAAGCAGCGGCUCCAGAAUGAAGUGGAGGACCUCAUGAUUGAUGUGGAGAGGUCUAACGCUGCCUGCGCGGCACUUGAUAAGAAGCAAAGGAACUUUGACAAGGUUCUAGCAGAAUGGAAACAGAAAUAUGAGGAGACUCAGGCUGAGCUUGAAGCCUCCCAGAAAGAGUCCCGUUCUCUCAGCACCGAGCUGUUCAAGGUCAAGAACGCCUACGAGGAGUCUCUGGAUCAACUCGAGACUCUGAAGAGAGAAAACAAGAAUCUCCAGCAGGAGAUUUCUGACCUGACGGAGCAGAUCGCAGAGGGAGGGAAGCAUAUCCAUGAACUGGAGAAAAUAAAGAAACAAAUUGAUCAAGAAAAGAGUGAAUUGCAGGCGUCCCUAGAGGAAGCAGAGGCAUCUCUUGAACACGAAGAGGGCAAAAUUCUCCGCAUCCAGCUUGAGUUGAAUCAGGUGAAAUCUGAGAUUGACCGCAAAAUUGCUGAAAAAGAUGAAGAAAUAGAUCAGCUGAAGAGAAACCACCUCAGAGUCGUGGAGUCCAUGCAGAGCACGCUGGACGCGGAGAUCAGGAGCAGGAAUGAUGCCCUGAGGAUUAAGAAGAAGAUGGAAGGAGACCUCAAUGAGAUGGAAAUCCAGUUGAACCAUGCCAACCGCCAGGCUGCAGAGGCGAUCAGGAACCUCCGGAACACACAAGGAAUGCUGAAGGACACUCAGCUGCACUUGGAUGAUGCUCUCCGAGGCCAGGAUGACCUUAAAGAGCAGCUGGCCAUGGUGGAGCGCAGAGCGAACCUGAUGCAGGCUGAGAUCGAGGAGCUGCGGGCAUCCCUGGAACAGACAGAGAGGAGCAGGAGAGUGGCGGAGCAAGAGCUGCUGGAUGCCAGUGAGCGUGUGCAGCUCCUACACACCCAGAACACCAGCCUCAUCAACACCAAGAAGAAGCUGGAGACAGAUAUUUCCCAGAUCCAGGGAGAGAUGGAGGACAUUGUCCAGGAAGCCCGCAAUGCAGAAGAGAAGGCCAAGAAAGCCAUCACUGACGCUGCCAUGAUGGCGGAGGAGCUGAAGAAGGAGCAGGACACCAGCGCCCACCUGGAGCGGAUGAAGAAGAACAUGGAGCAGACGGUGAAGGACCUGCAGCACCGUCUAGACGAGGCUGAGCAGCUGGCGCUGAAGGGCGGCAAGAAGCAGAUCCAGAAACUGGAGGCCAGGGUGAGGGAGCUCGAAAAUGAGGUUGAAAAUGAACAGAAGCGCAACAUUGAAGCAGUCAAGGGUCUUCGCAAGCACGAGAGGAGAGUGAAGGAACUCACUUACCAGACCGAGGAGGACCGCAAGAACGUGCUCAGGCUGCAGGACUUGGUGGACAAGCUGCAGACUAAAGUGAAAGCCUACAAGAGACAAGCUGAGGAGGCUGAGGAACAAUCCAAUGUCAACCUGGCCAAGUUCCGCAAGAUCCAGCAUGAGCUGGAGGAAGCCGAGGAGCGGGCUGACAUCGCCGAGUCCCAGGUCAACAAGCUGCGGGUGAAGAGCCGGGAGGUUCACACCAAAGUCAUCAGUGAAGAAUAAUUCAUUCUUCUGUUGAAAGGUGACAGAAGAAAUCACAAAAUGUGAUGUUCUUUGUCACUAUCCUGUAUAUCAGCUAAAUAAAAUCUGCAGAUAAUUUUGCAAU